AUGGGCUACUAUCCCUUGCACUUCCUGGUUUCCACCUUGGGUGCUCCGAUGUUCAUCGCCACCGACCGUCUUAUGAACAACUCCUGGAAGACUACCGGACUUCAUGCCUUUCUGAACUACAGUCUUCUCCAGGCGUGGUUCCCUUCGGAAGCAGAGAUCUGGAACCCACCGACAUGGUUUCUGUCGUCCCUCACCUUCGCAAACGUUACCCUGCCGACCUUCGUGCUUCCUCAGGUGGCGUCCCUGUCCAAGGAUGGCCUGCACAAGUUGAUGGCGGCGUUGUUCGGCGUGUCGCUGCUGCAGAAGCUCUCCUACUCCCAGGCAUGGAAAUUCUAUUGCCGUGGGCAAGUUUCGGAGAGGACCGCACAUCCGUACUUGUGGAACGUCACAAGAUUUCAUCCGUUCGGAGCUCUGGUGGAAAUCGUGGCCGGAGUUGCGGCAGCUCGCUCUGUGAUGGUGGACCGAGAGCCGCAAAAGCCUUCCAUGAACCCGUUGUGGCUUUUUCUCGUGAGCUAUGCUUCCUUGGGCCUUCGCCUAACGAACCUGCUCAACCUGAAUGAUGCCAUGAUUCGAACCCUCAUCUUCAUGCCAGUGUACACCAAGUUCCUCAUGGAGCUUCACAGGGACUGCCUCUCCGAGAAGCCUCACAUGAUCACCCGGUUCUUCGGCUCCAAGCUGAUGACCUGGUUGGGAUCGCUCGCGUUCCCAAUGUUCAUUCUUCAUGGGCCGAUCGGCCAAAUCUUCUACAAGAAGAAGAUCGCUGAGAAGCUCUGGGGCGGGAUCAUGCCAAAGAGGUUCUUCGGGAUCUAUCUCUUGCUUGUCAUCCUCGGUGGCCACGUGACGAACGAAUACUUCGUCAAGAACGAGGCGAUCAAAAAGCUCAGCGCCUCCGUGGCGCAAUUCUUGGCAAGCCGAAGCCGAGGUGACCUCGAGCACUGCUCUUUUAGGAUAUGGCCCAUGGUCGAUGGCACAGGUGCUCUUCAGAUCAAAGUUAUAGGAAAAGGGAGUGAGGAGCAUUGGGGAACAGAACGGGUUGCUGAAAUCAGUGGCGCCGGCGAAGCCGGUGACAUCCUCACCCGGCAGCCGUUGCGCCGGAAUCUUGGCACGAUCACGUACAGAGGUAAGGCAUUUGUCUUCCUGGCCCGGAGCAAGCUUUGUGCAGCGCUCAUGCAGAAGGGCAGUGAGCACCCGCGGAUGUUCCGGAUGCACAUUGGGCCCAAGACCGCUUGUGUGGUGACACAUCCGGAGCUAGCGAGAUCCGUGCUGACGCGUCCCAAGGACUUCAUCAAGAUGGAGGUCCCGCGGAACCCCGCAAGUGCGCUCGACACUCUGCUCUACCGCAGCAAGGACGGAACUUCAAGCGUUGUUAUGUCCAACGGGCACGACUGGGCCGCACAGAGAAAGCCUAUCGAUCCCGCCUUCGAGAAGCAAGCCUUGCGCAAUCUCCUGCCCAAGUUCAACGAUUGCUCCGACAGGCUUCUGGACACCUGGAGGGGUGCAGACGAGGUGGAUGCCAAGCAGGACAUGUCCCGUUUCGCUUUGGACGUGCUUGGAUCGGCGGUGCUGGGCCAGAGCUUCGGGGCCAUUGAUGGCACCUUUACCGACAGCUACGAGUACAUGUCCUUCCCCUUCAUGGAGCGCCUCCCAACCUCUCGCAAUCGUCGCAUGAGGGAGGCGGUGCAUCACAUGCAUGGCGUCCUGCAAGGCUGGGUGAAGCGAGAUAUGGGUGUUCGGGGCGCGGGCGCAGUCGUGGUUCCGGACUUCGAUCUAGGAGUUCUGCCGAAGGAGGGAGCGUUGCUGCCGAUGCUGUGGAUAUUCUUCCUUGCCGGGCACGAUACCACUGCGGUCUCUCUGGCUUGGCAGAUGUACUUCCUCGCAAAGUACCCUGAGGUCCAGCAGAAAGCUCGAGAAGAGGCUCAGAAGAUUCUGGCCGGUCGGAAAGAUCCCACCGCCGAGGACAUGGAGAACGUGCCGUAUCUGUCUGCUGUCAUCAACGAAGGCCUCCGCGUGCGCCCGCCCGUCUUCAAUCUCUACACUCGACAGGCGGCCCACGACACCGAGCUCGACGGCGUCUUCGUUCCGAAGGGCACAGGAAUUGCACUGCACAUCGCAGCCAUCAACAAGCAUCCAGAGGUUUGGGGGGAAGCUGAAGACUUCAACCCGGAGCGGUUCCUCCAGGAAAAGCAGCCCCGGGUGUUCCACAACCUCCCUUUCUCGGCAGGAGCGGUCCUCCCACACGAGAGCACCCUCGACGGCGACAAGAACUUCACCUCCACCAUGCUGGGGCUCAUGAUCCAGGGGCAGCACUUCCUGCCCACAGGCUCUGGCAACAAGGGCGUCAUCGUCCUUGACCAAGAAGAUCACAGGAUUCCCAACGAGGAGGAAGUCCUUGAAUAUGCCGAGUAUUUGGGCAUCGAUCUCGACAGGGAGAAGGACUUGUUGUGGAUCGCCCGGGAAGGGGUGACUGCUCCAGUCCCCGCACCCUGGAAGGCUUGCACGGAGAACGGUGAUGACAUCUUCUACUUCAAUUUCGAGACAGGUGACAGCAUCUGGGACCAUCCGUCAGAUGAGCACUACAAGAAGCUCCUACAAGAGAAGCGCCUGGAGAAGUCUGCUGCGAAAAUCGUUCGCACGUCGAAGACGACCGCAGACACUGCAGGCGGCGGCUCGCUGUCCGUCUCGGCAGAUGAGUCUUUCUCUGGGUCGGGCUCUUUGUCAGUCUCGGACAAGGUGACGCAGGGCACAGAGGUGGAAUCAAAGCCGGCGAAAGGCACCGCGCAGCAGGGCGAGAAGGGUUCGAAGGCUACGAGCGAGGCGAAGACCGCCAAAGACGAGGCCAUGCCCAGCAGAGGCCUUGCUGGCGUCGGUCUGGCCGGCGCACGCCUAGAGGUGCCUGCAGCCACACCGACUCCAAAGAAGGAGGUGCGAGAAGCCGCCGGCAGCAAGAAGGGCGAGGGAAGCACUGAGGAGAUUGAAGAGGAGGAGGGUCUCGACGGCUCCGCCAGCCGAAGCGGCACGCGCGGCUCAUCCAAAGGCUCAGGCAAGCCGAAGGAUGGGCGUCCUAGCGAGGCCGAAAUGCAGCACAGGGUUGGCUCCUCUGAUGCCAGCGAGCUCUCGGAAGACUUCAUGAGUGACAUGGGUAGCCCGAACUCCUCCCUGGUGCCCGGUGUCCGCCGGAAUUCUGUGGGUGGCGACACCCUAGAACUCUCCGUCUCGGCUUCUGCAUCUGCCCUGGUUGGAGAUGGCGAGGAGCUGUCCGCAGAGAAAGCCCCAGGCGCAAACUUGGAGGCAGAGAUUGCAUCUUUGUCCCGGAGUCUGGCCACACUUCAGCGCAUCCGCGAGAGUCAGAAGAAGUAUCUUGAGCUCUUGCUGCAUGGCGGCGCAGUGAAAGCGUAG